UGAAAAACUUUAAAAUACAAAAAUAAUACUUAUCAGUUUAAAGUGUGUACAGUUUGAUUUUAUUUUCUUUAUCAAAAGUUGUUCAUAAUAGUGGAAUUGUAAACUACAAAAGUUGUUUGUUUUAAAAAAAAAAUAGUUGUCAGUGUGAUAAUUUGAGAAACGACAUAGUUCAAUGUACUUGUAACAUUUGCAGUCUGAUCAAAGUUGACAAUAUGCCAGUUAUCUGUGACGUUGAAGACUGCAAAAACCCAGCUGUCUUAAAAAGACCAAAGUCUGGGCAUGCUAUGUGUAAGGAAUGUUUCUUUUUAGUCUUUGAAUUAGAAAUACACAUGACCAUAGUAAAUGCACAAUUAUUUAAGAAGGGUGACAAAGUUGCAAUAGGUGCCUCAGGAGGCAAAGACUCCACUGUAUUAGCCCAUGUUAUGAAAUUGCUUAAUGAGCGUUAUGAUUAUGGACUGGACUUGUUUCUCUUAUCCAUUGAUGAAGGUAUUAGUGGAUACAGAGAUGACAGUCUUGAAACGGUUAAACAGAACAGAGAUGAUUAUCAGUUGCCUUUGAAAAUUUUGUCCUACAAAGACCUUUAUGGCUGGACGAUGGAUGAAAUCGUUUCUCAAAUUGGUAACAAGAAUAACUGCACUUUCUGUGGAACCUUUAGAAGGCAGGCACUGGAUCGAGGUGCAGCUUUGUUAGGAGUUGACAUGAUUGUCACUGGUCACAAUGCAGAUGACAUGGCUGAAACUGUUCUCAUGAACAUUUUCAGAGGUGAUUAUGCAAGGUUCUCCAGAUGUACAAAAAUAAUAACACAAGGGGAAGGAAGUAUUCCAAGGUGCAAGCCACUGAAAUAUGCAUAUGAAAAAGAAAUAGUUAUGUAUGCUCAUUACAAAAAUUUAGUAUACUUUUCUACAGAGUGUAAGUAUGCUCCUAAUGCAUACAGAGGAUACACCAGAGAAUAUCUCAAGCAAAUCGAAAGAAUUAGGCCUACUUGUAUACUCGAUAUCAUUUACUCUGCUGAACAUUUGGUGUUCAAAGAAAACAUCAAGUUACCAGAACGACGAACUUGUACUAGAUGUGGAUUUGUUGCAAGUCAAGAAAUAUGUAAAGCUUGUGUUUUAUUGGAAGGAUUAAAUACUGGUAAUCCCAAGUUGGGUAUAGGUAAAUCAAACAAGGCCAAAAGAGCUAUGGGCCUCAAGGUAAAUGAUGGCUCAGAAAAUAAAACUAAAACUAGGAUUGAAAAAGGAGUAAGUAAGAAAAAACUCAGGCGAGAUGAAAAGAGACAAAAACAAGCAAUGAUGUGUGGGGGAUCAGGAAAUGGAAAUUGUAGAUCUGGUUGUGGAUCACAAAUUCCACUCAAUAUGCAAGAAGAAUCGCUAAAUUCUGAACCAACGUGUAACAACCCUGAUCAUGAAAUAAUAACUAUUACAUAUUUCUCAGAGUGGCUCGAUGAAAGAAACUUUGACAAUCUCGUAGCUUUCAAAGAUCCUAAAUUUAAUAGUGACAGUGAAGAAGAGAAAACUUGUGACGAUGACUGUCCAUCCAAAACUUUAAUUUCUGAAAAAAAAUUAGAUCCUUUAGACGAAGCUUGCACAUCUGGCAAUCAACCAAUUGCUUUAAAUUGCAACAGUGAAUGUACAGAAGAUGACCAAUCAACUUCAAAUAAAAAAAUUGGUAGUUCAUCAUGUAAAUCUGAAGAAUGUUGCUCCCUACCUUCAACAUCAACUUCUAAUUAUGAUGAUGUAUCUGAUACUACCAUUAAACAAGAAGCAAAGAAAAAAAAGUGUCGAUGCCCUCCCAUAUUACUAGAAAAUCCAAACCACCCAGAAGUACUGGUUGAUGAUGAAGAUGAUGAUUAUGGGAUUAACAUCCAUGUUUUUAAGUCGUUAAUGAUUGCUCAAUAUCCAGAAAUUGUAGAUGAGAUUAGACAACUGGAAGAAGAGGAGUCCAAGACAAAUUCGAAAAACAUGAGUACUGAACCCACAUCAUCAUCUGAAGAUAAAAAUGACGAAAACAUUGUACAUAAACUCACAUCAAAGCUUGAACAAGUCGUGAUUCAAAAAUCUACAAUGCAAUUUAAUACCGCGGAAAAAGAAAUGCCACCCAAUAUUAUCAAAGAUAAAAGUGCUGAGUUUCAAACAAGUUGUGAGCAGCCAUUGGAACCGACUGUAAUAAAAGCAAAUCCAUCAAGAAAAGGAGCAUCUCUUGUAACACCAGAAAUGAUGCACAAAGCGCCAAACAAUUUAGAUUUUUAA